AGCGCGACCCACUCCUCGCAUUUCUCAUUGUCAAUGACUGAAUCGUGUGUGCUCCGUGCAAUAAUAAUCAACCCCCAAAAUAUUGUCUCUUGUUCAGAUUUUUAGUAACAAAGUUGGCCUCUGUAAUAAUCUGCACUCCCUUUUUGAGAGUAAAAACCAUUCAAUAAUAAUACUAGCACCAUGGCUAUGUCAAAAACCACAAACACGUACAACAGGCAAAAUUGGGAGGACGCUGAAUUUCCUAUUCUCUGUCAGACGUGCCUCGGAGACAACCCUUACAUUCGAAUGACCAAAGAAAAAUACGGGAAAGAAUGUAAAAUCUGCAUGCGGCCGUUCACAGUGUUCCGUUGGUGUCCAGGAGCCCGUAUGCGUUUCAAGAAGACCGAGGUCUGUCAGACCUGCAGUCGCCUGAAGAACGUCUGCCAGACAUGCCUCCUGGACCUCGAGUACGGCCUCCCCAUUCAAGUGCGUGACGCCGCCCUCAAGAUAAAGGACGACAUACCCCGAUCGGACGUGAACAAAGAGUACUACGUCCAGAACAUUGACAAAGAGAUAGGUAAUAUUGACGCAACGAGUCCAGCAGGAGCAGUGGGAAAAUCAGCAGCAGCGUCAGACCUUCUGAUGAAGCUUGCGAGAACGAGUCCCUAUUACAAGAGAAAUCGUCCGCAUAUCUGUUCGUUCUGGGUUAAGGGGGAGUGCAAGCGAGGGGAGGAGUGUCCAUAUCGUCACGAGAAGCCAACGGAUCCGGACGAUCCGCUGGCCGAUCAAAAUAUCAAGGACCGUUACUAUGGCACUAACGAUCCAGUCGCUGAUAAAUUGAUGAGGAGAGCAGCAGCAAUGCCAAAGCUAGAUCCCCCUGAGGACAAAUCAAUCACAACUCUCUACAUUGGCAAUCUUGGUGACGUGCUGACUGAGAAACAACUGAGGGACCACUUCUAUCAGUAUGGGGAGAUCAGAUCUGUGACGAUGGUGCCACGACAGCAGUGUGCAUUCAUACAAUACACGCAGAGAAAUGCUGCUGAGGCUGCAGCUGAGAGAACCUUCAAUAAACUCAUCCUCGGGGGGAGGAGGCUGACCAUCAAGUGGGGGAGAUCUCAGGGCAGGCAGACGGUCUCUGCUGCUGAGGCAACCAGGGAGGUCCUCGAGCCUGUGCCUGGACUCCCUGGGGCUCUCCCACCCCCGCCGGAGACCAUGGGGAAUAAUUUCUUCAAUCUUCAGGCUACUUCUGGCAUGAUGCCACCCAUGAUGAUACCACCACCACCAGUGGCUCCUCAGUUUGCCAUGUUUCCGCCGCAGAUUGCUGCCACUGCUGCUGCACCCAUUUUUCCACCUGGCACUGCUCCCAUUCAUUAUCCCAGUCAGGAUCCUUCGAGAAUGGGCGCCAGCCAAGGCAUUGGGAAACCGUGGCCUGAAGAGUAAUUCCCGUGGUUUCGUGUUAUUGGUAUUUUUUAGGUAUUUUGGCUUUCUUUUUGAGAGUCUGUGAAAGAAAAUGUAUGGGUGAUUAUUAAAGAACAUAUUGAACAUUUUAGUGGACUUUUUGGAUUGAAUGAAUAGACAAUACUGUUACAUUGGCGAGUCGAAAUGUCUCGUAUGAACAACAGAAUAAAUUUUAUUGGACUUGGA